CGCCUGUGAAGAAAGUCACUGAAGACGAGUGGAAAGGUGGACAAAAAAAGAGUUUCAGUAUUUUUCUGAAACUCCUGGAUAAAAGUCUCUUCCCUGUUUGGAAUGAUCUGAAUGUUUCAAGCUUCAAAUCAGGAUGUUUGUUUUCAUCUGGUUAAUCGUGUCUCUCCCUACUGGCAACGGUGCAUUACAAUGGAAAGAGUUCUGUCAACAGGAAGGUUAUUGUGUUUCUUUCAAUGAGGAUGAAAUAAGAGCAGAAGCUGGACUCUGUGCUGUGAUACCAUGCUCUUUCACAUCUUUCUUUGUACCCGAACAUAUUAUUUGGUAUAAAUGUGAAAAAUCUGAGGACAAUUGUGCCAAAUCUGUCCCUGUAUUUCACUCUGGCGAGAACGAGAAAAACAUUCAACCUAUGUUCAAAGGUCGUGUGUCACUGCUGAACCUGAACAUGACUGAGAAGAACUGCAGCAUGGUGAUCAAUGAUCUUCAGAAAUCUGAUUCUGGAUCAUAUCAAGUCCGAGUUGUGGGAAAAGGAACAGGAGAAGCAUUUACAUAUCUUGCAAAAGCAAAACUCUCGUUAGCAGGUCUGAACCAAAAGCCCUCAGUGAUGAUUCCUCCACUGACUGAGGGACAGCAGGCCUCUCUGACCUGCACUGCUCCUGGUCUCUGCUCUGGGUCUCCUCCUAAAAUCACCUGGAUGUGGAGAGGAGAAGGAGAGAAAGAUUCUUACAUCAUAGGAAACAUUACUGCUUUAAAAACAGAGAAUCUGACUGCUUUCACAAAGAGACAUGUCUCAACUCUGACCUUUAAUGCAUCAGCUGAUCACCACAACACCAGUAUAACCUGCAAAGUCAACUUCAUAGGCGACAUAAAUAUAAAUGAGACUGUGACUCUGAAUGUGACAUAUGCAAGAAAACCUCAGAUCUCUGGUAGAUCAAAAGUUAAAGAAGGAAAUGAACUGAAUCUGAACUGCAGUGUGGACAGUUUCCCUCCAUCAGUUAUCACAUGGACUAAAUCUAGAAAACAAGCCGAACAGCAGAGUCACAAUGUAUCUAAAAAGCGUGGCAGCAGUAAAAUCUGUCAGCGACAAAAAAGAAGUUGCUUGUUUUCCGUCACUAAUGUGACAACAGAAGAUGCUGGUCUUUAUAUCUGCACAUCAAAACAUCUGAACAACACUCAGAGAGAAACAAUUACUGUAACAGUGACAUAUGCAAGAAAACCUCAGAUCUCUGGCCGGACAACAGUCAUGGAGGGAGACAAUCUGAAUCUGACCUGCAGUGUUGACAGUGUUCCUCCAUCAGUUAUCAAGUGGACUAAAUCUGGAAUAGAAACCAAAUGGCAGGACAACAUUUUAAGCAAAGUAGAAAGCAGACAAGUCUACCUGCUGGAAAAAAGUGGACGUGUCUCUUUUUCCUUCAUGAAUGUAACAACAGAAGAAGCUGGACGUUACAUUUGUACAGCAACGUAUCAGAAUGAAAGCAUGACGGAAGAAGUCCAUGUUAAAGUGACUUAUAUUAGAAAACCUCAAAUCUCUGGCAGAACAACAGUUAUGGAGGGAGAAGAUCUGAAUCUGACCUGCAGUGUUGACAGUGUUCCUCCAUCAGUUAUUACAUGGACUAAAUAUGGAACAGAAAUCAAUUGUCAGGACAAUAUUUUAAGUAAAGCAGAUAACAGCACAGUAGUCUACGGACAGGAAAAAAGUGGAAAUGUCUCUGUUUCCAUCAUGAAUGUAACAGCAAAAGAAGCUGGAUGUUACAUUUGUACAGCAACAUAUCAGAAUGACAGCAUGAUAGAGAACAUCCAUGUUAAAGUGAACUACCUCAGAAAACCUCGGAUCUCUGGUAGAACAACAGUAAAAGAGGGAGAUGAUCUGAAUCUGACCUGCGGUGCUGACAGCUUCCCUCUCUCAGAUAUCAACUGGACUAAAACAGAAUCAAAAACUCACCAGCAGCACAGCAAUUCAUCUAGUGCUUUCAUCAUCACUGAAAACACUAAGAGGAAAGAUGGCAAUGGUUCUUUGUCCAAAACUAAUGUGACAGCAGAAGAUGCAAGGCUUUACAUCUGUACUGCAAAACACCUGACCAAUAAUCUAACAGAACAAAUCAAAGUAACAGUAACGUAUGAUUUCAAAAAUGCAACUGUGGAGGAAGAUCUUCUGAAUCUGAAUUGCAGUGUUGACAGUUUUCAGCCACUAGUUGUCAUAUGGACUAAAUCUGGAACAGAAGCAAGUCUAAAAAUAGACUCUUUAAGUAAAGCAUUUACUGUCCAUGUGCUGUAUGAACUGGCAAAUGUCCCUUUUCCCAUCACGAAUGAAACAAUGGAAGACGCAGAGCGCUACAUUUGUACAGCGACAUAUCAGAACAGUACCAUGGAAGAAAAAAUCCAUAUAGUGACUAACAUAAGAAAACCUCAAAUCUCUGUCAGAACAACAGCUGAUGAGGAAGAGGCUCUGAAUCUGACCUGCACUGCUGACAGUUUUCCCUCCUCAGUUAUCAACUUGACCAUAUUAGAAAAAAGCAACCUGCAGAUUAAAAUUUCAAUGAUACUGCAAAACAGCAGUGAAAAUCUCAAGCAAGAACAAAGUGGAACGGACACUUUGUUCAUCAAUAGCGUUAAAGCAAAAGAUGCAGGCCUUUACAUCUGCACAGCAAAAGUCCAAAAUAUAACUCUAACAGAAGAAAUCAAUGUAACUGUUACAUAUAGAAGGAGGCCUCAGAUCAUUGGAAGCCAAACAAUAAAGGAAGGAGAUGCUCUGAAUCUGACCUGCAGUGUUGACAGUGUUCCUCCAUCACUCAUCGUGUGGACUAAAAAUUCACUCAGCAUACUUCCAAGCAACAGAACUAGUUCCCCCAGCAACAAUGGAUCUACUACUCUUGUCGUCUUCAACAUGACAGUAAAAGAUUCUGGACGAUACAUCUGCACAAUAACCUAUGAGAACAUCACUGAGACUAAAUAUAUUGACAUAAAUGUGAUUUGGUCUCCAAAGGUGCUGAAUGGUUCUGGAUGUGUGCUUCGGCCAGACAGUUUGACCUGUGUGUGUCUUAGUGCGGGAUUUCCUCUACCUACCAUCCAAUGGCCAUUACUGAAAGACCACACUGAGUACUCCAUCACCAGCAUUGUGUCAAACCACACUGUCAACAGCACUGUUACCAUAACUGUUGAGAGCCAUGGCAACAUCAGUGUCGAAUGCGUUAGCAGCAAUGAAAAUGGGGAAGCAAAAAAAAACCUCACAGUCCUCUGGGCAAAAGAAGAAGUAAGCAAGCAAACAACUAAUUCAGAAAAAAAGUUCAUGCUGGAAAUCAUCAUUGCCUUUUUGGUUGGGUUCCUUCUUGCACCUGUCAUCUGCUGUUUGUUGAUGAAAUUCUACAGAAUAAAACGGAAGAACUCUGCAGAUGAGGGUGAAUCUCUGGAGAUGGUUACGCCACUGAUGUCGAAUGGCCAAGCUGUUCAAGGGAGAGAAAAGAAAGAAGCUUUGGCAGGAGCUCCUGAAGCUACCAAUGGUCCAAAGGAAUUGAUUUAUGCCAGAAUUGACUUUUCCUUUCUAAACCGGAUUCCCACAAAACGGAUAAAGAGUUCAGAAAACAAAAACACAGAAUAUGCAGAAAUCAAGGCAAACAAGGCAAAAGGUCAUCAAGUGGAGAUGAUAAACUGUGUCCAAGAAGAGAAAGAAGAGGCUGAGGAACCAGUGUAUGCAAAAGUGGAGGAUUUAGUUGAGGAGAGUUGAAGAUUGAGACCAGAUGUCCAAGACAGAAUCACAGAAUACCCCAUAAAACUCAAGAAUACAAUAUGGAUGCCAUGAUUAUAAAAUACAGUAAGAGCUAAAUAUCAAUGAUAGUCAUGGUUUGUAUCUCCUGAAACCAGUUGCACAAAUCAUGGUUCAGAACAUCUAUCUGUAAAGAUGUUGAUUUAGUGUUUGAAUGCAUAAAAGGCAGACCAAAUACUUAUUAACAUAUGAACAAGAAAAUCUCCCACAUUUUCUGACUUCAAACAAGAGUGUGUAACGCUGAUGUCUUGUAGAUCUGUGUUGAUGUUUUCAUAACCAUCAUGCCUUUAACUAGUUUUAAUUAUAAACGUAACUUAUUUUUCAUGAAUUCUAUUCUUUUAGUGUACAAUAUAAAAUUUACAUGUAAAACUUCAAUGUGAUGUAUUUACAACUCGCACAUUGAGGCACUUGACACCUGGGUCCAUUAUGCAGGAUGUCAGCACAGUGCAAUAAAACUCAAUGGACUUCUUUUUUUAAUUUAUUGGGUGAGAUUAAUUGUAAAGUUGUUUCUUUCACAUAUUCAUUUAUGUAUAAGUUAGUAUACGUGUAGUAUAUUUGUACAGAUCUUUUAAAUACAUUUAUAAACUGCUACAUUUUAACUUUUAUUAAUGCUUGUUAUGGCAAAGUGAAUCAGGCAAACACAUGCAUCAUUUACUGUAUUUUUACAAUCUGCAGCACCACUUAUGACUUUGAAGAUGCCAUUCCAACCUGAUCCCUCCAUUUGGAUGUUAUACAAUGUUAUAAACUGCUUUCAACUAACGAGCUCCUAAUGUAACCAGUCAAAGAAACACUUUAGAAUUUAUAUAAUUAGAAAUAAUGUAUUUUAUGUAGUGUACUAAGAGAGAUAUUACAUUUAUUGAAUGUGAAAUUGAACCUGUUACCCAUUACCAUGAAAGUUCAAAGGCAGGGAAAAACAAAAAACAAAGAACAGAUAAAUCUCUAUGACUUGGGGAUCAUGUUCAGGAGGUAUUCAAAUAGUAUCUGAGGAAGCUUAAAGAACAACUUUUUAAAUAAAAUUAUAUUUAUAUUUUUUUUUGGUAUACUCUCACUAUGCCAUUCACAAAAUCGUUCACCCUUUUGAUUUGUAUUGCUGUACUUGAUUCUUUUAUAUGAUCCUGCAGGUCAAAACUAUGACUAAAAAAAUAACAAAAGUAAUCUGACGUAGCUCAAAUAUGGCAUGUUUUGUUUAUAUAUUUUUAUUGUAUUCAUUUUAAGUAAAUGCAUAAUAAAUGUACU